UGUUAGCCGCGGUCGCGGAAUUCUCUCAUUAAUUCGCUUCUAGCUGUUGCCGUGUCGAGUUCGUUUUUCGGUCGUUGGCUUCUACGCGCGUUGUUCGAUUUACCGCUUGUGACUUUCCGGGAGUUAGUAUUUAGUGCCGCGCGGAUUCGCAUCUUCUCCACUCCACAACACAAUCAAACCAAUACGAUUCACCAGCGCAAAAUACAUACGCUCUCAGGCAUCACAGGGCCUGAGUUUCGUACGGUGGUUUUCUGCGACGGAUGGGUGGCGAAGUGCUAAGAGUGGUGUCUUGAAACGCGGUAGUAAAAUUGUACUACAAAGCCAAUCCGAAUCACUCGGAAGGAAAGUCGAAUCGCGUUGUGUUGUAUAUCAUCUGACAUUUAAUUGAUCUAUUUUUAAUAUCGUUACUAACGCGUUUUCCGUAUGCGGUGGCGGUCGAUGACUAUUUUCACCACCCCCAACGCGGCCACCGGAUUCGUUUGUGGAUUUAGCAGCAUUAGUGAUUGAUUGAAGACAUUCGGCUUGACGCCAACCAACCUAGUGGAGGACAGACAACCAAUAUUGGGACCAAGCGAGCAAUGGUAUUUUCCAGUUACAGCAACACGUCCUACUUACCACUAGACAACGAUCAGGGUGUAACUUUUUACAAAAACGAGAACUUGCUGUUUCCACCACCACCAGCAGCAACGGCAGCGGUAGUUGCAUCGCCUUCAACGCUGGUUUGCCGACGUAACACCGCUGCAGCGGCAGCAAUGUUAACCGCUACUACCGGAAGUAGCCCUUUCGGCAGUCAACCGUUGCACCACGGCUCGCAGCAUGGCAACGUUUGUGAUGACUUCCAACCUGUGGCCCAUCUCAGCUCCAACGGUUACUACGGGUACGUGCCGGCCAACUCAUUACCGAAGAUGAUGUCAACAGAGGGAACGCCACCCGCCGCUGUUGCUGUCAACGGUGAUGGUGUUGGUGUCUUAUUGGAUUGCCAUCCGGUAGCGGCAUCAGUCGUCGAUAAUAAUUCCUCCUCGAUGAUGGACUGCGGUGGUGGAAUCGGCGAAGUGGAAAAUUACCAUCACCAUCAGCAGCAGCAGCAACAACAUCUACGAAAGCGAAAAGAGUACAGUGAGGAAGUGGAAGUAAACUGCAAACGACGGAAGACUUGGCUGGAACAACCGAACGAUGCAGGUUUCACCCAUGUCCCAAACUGGCAGCAGGCAUCUGUCCAGCAGAUGGAAUGCCACGAUCAACCCAUGGACACGGUUUCAGCUCAGCAAUUCAAUGGAUCUCCGAUGACCAUGAACGCAGCUACCACCACCUUCAACGGUUUCCAGCUGCAUCAUCAUCAUCAUCAACACCAAGCAUUGAUCACAUCCCCACCGAUGCCAGCCGCACCGCAGUCGCAAACAGUCCUGCAGCCGAAAAAUCGUUUGUUCGGUGGUUGUUCACCUUCCCCCAUGCCACUGUUGCUGGGGUCCCAACUAGCGGAAAAACACACCUACCGUCAGAUUCAUCCCAAUCGCUUCGGUGACAACUGCCAAGAGCUCGAGGAUUUAUUCAUCAGCUUACAUGGGUCCGGGUUUUAUCUAUCGUGUUGAAUUGCCUGGUGUUUCCUAACAGGUGGCGAUUUAUGACGCUCCCUCUCACACACACACACACAACUAACCAUGUCCAUGAUAAAUCCAAUUAUGUCUUUAUUACUAGUGUAAAUAGUUUGCUGUAGGGAUAAGUUCGACUAACACAUUUCUUUAACGCCAGUUCAAAUCAUUGUACCUUUUUUUCCCCCAUCCACAAAUGUUCAAAAAAUGUCCAACGAAAAUGGAACUACCUAACCUUAUUAUUCAUUAGUCUUAGUUUUUUUUUUUAGUUUUAUUCCUUCAACCUGUGCAACUAGUUUGUAAGAAUUUAAUACAAUCUCGGAUGAACUUUUGUUAUCUGAUAGUGCUAACUUUUGACUUACAAUUAAAUAAAUGAAUACUAGAUACCUAUAACAGAGUACUAACAUAAUGGCACAUAUCAUCGUUCAAGAAAGUGCUGGAACAAUGCUACAAUUACGACUUAGGGGAAGAGGGAGAGCGAUAGAAUAUCGGGGAUAACUUGUCUGUGAAAAAUGCAAUGUAAUGUGCUUUUAAGUGAUUAAAUAAAGGAUUUUUUUUU